UGACUAUUGUUUAGCGCUUUAGGCGCGUUGCUCCGCCCCCCCACUGUGUUUGUCAUAAACCUGGCUCCUGGCUCCAAUAAACCCGGGCUAAGAGCGCCCUGGGCUCGCCUCCUUCUCCAAGGCGAUCAAUAGGAUCUCAGGCGCACUCCAAGCCUCUCUUACGUAGACAUCCAACAAGGAGAGAGCCGACACAACAACACGCUUGAGCUGCUCCAACACAAAAAAAUCUACCUGCUUUCUGAAUCAUGUCGUUGAGCCCAAAGCACACAACGCCUUUUUCAGUGACAGAUAUUUUGAGUCCAAUCGAGGAGACCUACAAGAAGUUUAGUGCCAUGGACGGCGCAGGGAACCUAACCUCUCCACUGGGAGCCUACCGGCAGCCUCAGGUGUCUCAGACCGGCAUGCAGCAGCACUCCAUGGGCCACAACACCGGCGUGGCCACCACCUACCACAUGCCGCACUCCGUGUCCCAGUUCUCCCACAGCGCCAUGGGGGGAUACUGCAAUGGGAGCAUUGGCAAUAUGGGAGAGCUGCCGUCCUACCAGGAGAGCAUGAGGAAUAGUGCUGCAGCAACAGGCUGGUACAGCACCAACCCGGAUCCAAGAUACUCCACCAUUUCUAGAUUCAUGGGACCUUCCACAGGUAUGAACAUGGCGGGCAUGGGGGGUCUCACCGGGAUGGCGGACGCCUCCAAGUCCAUGCCGGUGCUGCACGCUGCACCCAGGAGGAAGCGGCGCGUCCUCUUCUCGCAGGCUCAAGUCUACGAGCUGGAGAGGAGGUUCAAGCAGCAGAAGUACCUGUCGGCACCGGAGAGGGAGCACCUGGCCAGCAUGAUUCACCUGACGCCGACCCAGGUGAAGAUUUGGUUCCAGAACCACCGAUACAAGAUGAAGCGCCAAGCAAAGGACAAGGCGGCGCAGCAGUUGCAGCAGCAACAGCAGCAGAACCAACAACAACAACAGGACGGGACCAUGUGCCAACAACAGGCCCAGUCCCCGAGGCGUGUAGCCGUACCAGUUCUGGUCAAGGACGGCAAACCCUGUCAGAACGGCUCCAACACGCCGACGCCGAACCAGCAGGCUGUGCAACAGCAGCAGAGCCAGCAACAGAACGGAGCCGGAGUGGUGCUAGGCCAGCACCAGAACCAGCAGCAGGUGAACGCUUUGGACCUGGAGGAGAUGUCGCCCAGCCCCCCUUCCCUGCACAGCCAGCUCAGCAUGGCUCAGAUAGACAGUUCUGCUGUAGAUUACACCAGUAACAUGGUCAGCUCGAACCUCCUCUACGGCAGAACGUGGUAGGACCGAUGCAGCCACUUUUCUAUCAACCUGCGGAUGAUGAGCCCAUCACACACACACACACACACACACACACACACACACACACACACACACACACACACACACGCAUACAGUAUAUAAAUAAAGUAAAAUAAAAGAGAGGCCCCUGGGGACGCACUGACAAGAAGUACCAGCUGAUCAGGGCACAUUUUCUUGACAUCUCUAAAGGAGGGAGUCUAUUUUUGAACAUUACACACAUGCUUGACCUUUCAAGACGCUUUGGACCCCUUUUGUAAUCUUUUGGACCUUCCUCAUGAUGUUUUAAUGCUAGUCUAUGUUGAGAAAAAAAGAAUAUGGGACAGAGGUGAGAUCCAGUUUGACGUCACAGCCUGGCGUUUUGUCAUAUUGUAAACUAAUGUAUUCGAUUAGAAUAUGAAAUAAAUUAGGGACUUGUCUAACACGACAAUGCGUUUUAAUUGUACAAUACUCGUUAUUUGGUUUCUUUAUUCUUUUUGUAAGUUAAAACGGAACAAAUGGAGCUGCUGUAUAUGUUUCAAACCCAAGUGAACAAUAAGAAUAAAUAACUUGAAGUGUGAGAGCUAUUUCGGAGGAAGUUUUUUUUUUGAAGAAGAAGAAUUUGUUUUGAAGUGCAUUUUCAUUAUGUUGUGAUUGAGACCAAAUUGAGCUGGAAAGCAAGGUCGAUGAGGGAGCCAGUAUUGUUCAGGUGACAUUUUGAAGGGCUGCCUUUUAUACUGGAUGUCUGCAAUAAAACCGGAACAUAUCCCCUCUGAAAAUCAUUAACAACCAUUAACUAACACUUGCCAACAGGGAAACCACUAUGUGCAAUGUAUACAUCUACAGUAUACAUGCAUGUAGGAUACUCGGAUCCAGCUCCUCUAACGUGAUCGUUUGGCUUUUAUAGGCCUUCUUUUGCCGUUAUCUGAUUGUACGGUUUCAUUUUUGAACGCAACCUCCCAUAAUUACAACCACUUAUUAUUUUUGAUGAAUAGUUGUAUGUAAUAAUAAUAAUAAUAAUAAUAAUAAUAAUAAAAAUAAGUACGAACAAUUGCAAAUAAUAAUAAUGAAUAAUACAUCAAACUAGUGCGUCCCCCCACCCCCUUUCUUGCUAAAACCUUGGGUAAGGAUGAGGCUACCAACACUUAAUCCAAAUCUAUAAUAAUAAUCAUGAAAAAUAUCGAAUUCUUAAUGUGAAAACAAGAUCGUGUCAGUUUUCACGUGUACAUGUUAUUCUGACUAAUCCGGCAAAUAUGGCUGUAUGUAUUAUUUGUUGACGCUCAGAUCGCGGAUUGUUGUAUUUUGUGCAACAAGUUUCACUAUCCACAGGUGCAUCCCAAUAAAUGAGAAUCUCUUUGUUCAUUAAUUAUAGUAGUCGAGUUUAAAAAGUGAAACUGUAUUCUGUGGAUUCGUUACACAGUGAAAUACUUCAUGAAUGUUUUUCUCAAUUUGGAUGAUUGCUCAUUAUAGCCUGUACUAUACUAUUAUAACAUCCUACCCAUCACAGAUAAUAAAAUUGAGUAGACCAUACAAUGAGAAAAAAUGGCCAAAAAAUGCAAAUGUGAACUACUGGUUCACAUAAUCAGCAAAGAAACUGAAAAAACUUUCUUUAAGUGAUUUUCUCAGUCUGGCUUGAACUCUUGAAACCAAACAAUUUUCGCACCAUAUUGUAAUUUUUUCAGAUGUAUAUAUGAUUAUUCCUCACACUGAAAACACUCAAACAACCACAUAUUUUUCAGCUUGACUGCACACACACACACACACACACACACACACACACAUUCCCAUCCACACGAGUACCAUUGCGCUCACUCUCUUUAAAAGAUAAAUGAUUUGUGCAAACCAACUCCAAAGUGUUUAAGCUCAUCACUCCGUCCGUGUCUGUCCUCCAAAAGCAGUAGCUGAUAAUAGCGUGUAACAUUUCAUUUCCUGUGGUCAUUUAAACAUGUUUCAAAACGACUUGUGGAGCCCUUCGGUGAUGACACCCUGAUGAUGGCUAUCAGUGGGUCUCAAUGGAGACCUUGAAGAGCCUCUAUUUCCAAGCCCUUCACAUACCUGGCAGCUGUAUGUAUAUGUGCUAUCAUCCCUACACUCCAAGGGCGAUCAGAGCCAAUAUGCACCUAACAUUUGGAAUUGGGCGCAACAAGUUCCAUCUGAAGGGAGUUGGAUAAGAGCAUUAAAAAAAAUGAGAAAUGCAUUCCUGGAUGCACUUUGAUGCUGCAAGAUGUUUCUGAUAGAUUUUUCCUUCCAAAAUUGAGGGCAUGAAUGGGCUGUCAACAAAGCUUUUGAUGGUGGACCACAUGAAAUGAAAGUGGAGGUGAAGCCAUUCUUUUCUCCUUUCAAUAGCCAUAGUUAUGGCCCACUAAUAGGCUAUGCUUGGUAAUCACCGCCUAUUGUGUUUGUUGCUUCUUUCACAUUAUUGUGGGGUGGACCUCUCUUUGUAAGGAAAUAUGAGUGUGUCGCGCUACUGUAAUUGCUGCUGGAAUCAUCAUUGCAGUCUGGAAAGUUUUGGGAUCGCCGUGUCACUUCCACACUCACACACACAUGCGACAUCCAGUUAUGACAGCAUGUAAAUCAGUUCCUCACAACUGAAUGAUACGUUUCAUAAAAUUGCCUCUAUUAUACAAAGCAGAUAUUUCCAUAAAGGCUGGAAGGACUUCAUUACUAUUCCUUAAAAGCCACGUUUGGGUUAUUAUAGACUCUGAUAAGAUAGUCCUUUUUCACAAGUGCAAAGGAUUUUUCAGUCUAUUCUUGUCAGGUAAUUGCAGGUGGCCUUAUAAUG